GCAAUUCAUCAUUAGGACUUCUAUAUGUCAACCAUUUCAAAUCAUAAAUUAAUAUCAACAGCCGGCAGUAAAUCGUAUCAAUCUCUCCACAUACCAAAACUUAUUCCUUCUGGUACUCAAGAGGUUGAUGUGAAACAUACUCAUAUAAACACCAAUCAAAAUCACCACCAUCAUAAACAUCAAGACAACAACACCGAGGACAGCGUCAAAUCCUCUAGAGAAAUUCAGGCAAAAACCAAGAACCUUCGGUCUCUAUCUGAUUACUAGCAAGACAAAUCAACAGAACAAGGCAUCAAAAUUACACAUCAGUCUAAAUUACAAAGUAUUACAUCAUAAGUAUGGUGUAGUAUUUCGAAAUGCGACUUCUUCAUCAUCAUCGAUUCAUUGUCAUUUAUUACCGAUUAGUUAUCUAACAAACGAUACUUCAGUGAGAGAUCAUUUUCCACGUGAAAUUACCACAGACAGACUACAGGCACUACUUCUGCCCAGCCCUAGUCAACAACCACGGUUAACACAUCAUCCAAGGGCAGCGGAUGAACAUGUUAAGCGGAAAUGUAUGACAUCUUCUCUUCAGAGAAAAGCGCUGAAAUCGCCAGAAUUACAAGCGUAUAGUGAUGAGUAUCGCAAGGAAAGAAUGCGGAAGCAAAUCACCAGGUUAUCCGCCGAUAUGAAACCAUUUUUAUCCUCAUCUCCCUUGAAUGGAAUUCCUUAUGAAGUGAGUCGUUUAAAAUUUUUCUAUGAUUCAGUGUACCAAUGUAAUUUUCCAGCAAUCAAGUAUAUUUUAGAUCGUCAGGCGAAUCUAGUGCUGAAAGCGAUUGAACCGACUAGUGGAUAUUCUUUUCUACUCGUUGCCUUACUAUACAUUCAAUCCGCAGUGAAACGAAUAAAAUUAAUUCAAUUAUUUAUGAAAUAUUUAAAAAAUAUCUUCACAAUGCGUCGUCGAAUGAUGAAGAUAUCAGUGAGAAUGGGAUCUGUGAACAAGUGCUUCAAGCGAUUGAUCCUAUCCAUGGACGUGAUUGUAUCGCCUGGUCAUGUGUGUUAGGCUAUGCUAGAGAGUUUCACCUAUUAUUCACCCACUUAGUGACUAGUAUUAAUUUGCAGAAAUUAGAUUAUCAUGGAGAUACGUAUUUACAUUUGGCGCUAAUAGGCGGUUCAUUAGAUAUUGUCAAUGAGAUAUGUCAAUAUGUGAGCAAGUAUUCUAUACCAAUCGAUAAAUGUAUGAAUCAGUCUGGGGAUAAUCGAUUCAUUUGGCUGCUCAGCUGAAGUUUGAUGCAGCAUUAGGCAUGUUAAAGCGAUGUCAGAUAGAUAAAAAAACAUUGGGAUGACAGACAGCGCAAGAAGAACACAGGAUAAACUGACGUCAUUCAUUUA